CUACCAAACGGUUUUUCUCAUCACAAGGUCCCAGUCUCUUCUACCCAUUUUCUCUUGAAACAAACAACCCAAACACUUCCACCUUCCACUCAAUUUUUUCACUCGAAAUGGCUCGUACCAAGCAGACCGCUCGGAAAUCCACCGGAGGAAAGGCGCCGAGGAAGCAGCUGGCGACGAAGGCCGCGAGGAAGUCGGCUCCGGCGACCGGAGGAGUGAAGAAGCCUCACCGAUUCAGGCCUGGAACUGUGGCUCUUAGAGAGAUCAGGAAGUACCAGAAGAGCACUGAGCUUCUGAUCAGGAAACUUCCAUUCCAGAGGCUGGUGAGAGAAAUCGCACAGGACUUCAAGACUGAUCUCCGAUUCCAGAGCAGCGCCGUCGCCGCUCUUCAGGAGGCUGCCGAGGCUUACUUGGUCGGUCUCUUUGAGGACACCAACCUCUGCGCAAUCCACGCCAAGAGAGUGACGAUCAUGCCCAAGGAUAUCCAGCUUGCUCGUAGGAUCAGGGGCGAGAGGGCUUAGAUUCCUGAUUGUCACUAUAUGGAUUGUGUUCUGGGGUUCUAAUAGCGGUGAAUUCUAAAUCUAUAGACGAUGUUUUGUGUGAUGAAAAUUAGAUCUAAAUUUUAUCUUUUGCUAAUUUGCAGUCUUGUAUUUUUCUAUUUCCCAGUUUUAGCGUUUGUAAAAUCCAUUGUAAAUUUAAUGGAUAAUUAUAUUUUCUCUUUUUUUUUU